CAUGCUCACAUGAGUUGGAAAAUAAUCUUAGUUACCUAUAAACUGCGUAAGCAAGCUCUGCAUUGGUUGUGCUGUAGUAAUAAUAGUGCACUCAAAAUGAAGUAUCUUGUAAUUGGAAUAUCAGGACCAACUUGUAGCGGAAAGACAAGUGUUUCAAAAAAAGUACAUGAACACUUUAAAGAUUCAGUAUUAAUAAAUCAGGAUUCGUAUUUUUUACCAGAAGAUGAUAAGCGGCAUACCCUUGUAUCAGAAUUGAAUCACUUCAAUUGGGAAAUAAUGUCAAGUAUGGAUAUGCCGCAGAUGUAUGAAGAUGUGAAACAAACAAUCAACUCAUUUAAUCAAGAAAAUGGCGUGGAUAGGAAAAUUUUAAUUUUAGAAGGAUUUUUAUUAUACAACUAUAAACCAAUUGCUGAUUUGUGUGAUAAAAAGUAUUUUUUGCAUAUAAGUAAAGAAGUUUGCUGGAAUAGAAGAAAAAAUCGUGUUUACAACCCUCCAGAUGUUCCUGGAUAUUUUGAUAAAGUUGUGUGGCCUGAAUAUUUGAAACAUAGGUUGGAAAUAAUGAAUAAUGAAAAGUUAGAAAGUGAAAUACAGUUUCUUGAUGGAACAGAGAGUAUAGAUGAAUUAAGUAAAAUAAUUAUUAAAGAUGUUACCACAUUGUUUUAUAAACAAUAAAAUAAACCAAAUAUUAAAUU